AAAAAAAAAAAAACACAACUCUUCCUUCCCUGGUACAGAGGAUUUGAAUUCCUCUCUCACUCCGCCUUUAGUUCUCUCCUACUCUCAGUUUCGAAUCAGCGACGGCUGGUAGUUCUGUGUUGACACCGUCGUCUGCGGCUUCGUAUGCACCGCCUGGGUCAUCGAGAUGUCAAAGAUGACAAGAAAAGUGCCGCAGCAGAUUCUUCUUCCUCUUCCUCUUCAUCGAUAACGAUAACGAUUGGGUCACUGGACAUGCUCGUCAGGAUUUGGUACCAAGAAUAAAGAAAAGCCCAAUCUACAUAUGAUACUUGCAACUACUGCAUGUACUUCCAUGGACAUUUCCUCAAACACCACCAACGUCUCCUUCAACUACUUCAAGCAUGCACAACCAUUCCAUCUGUCCGAAGAACAAAACCUCUCCAUGGGCUUACCAUCACAAUGGGGUCUAUACCAAACCAACCCAUUUUUCCCUACAACAACAUCAUCUCUCAGUAUGUGUCAGUCGGGAAACUAUCAGUUGCACGUAAGAUAUUUGAAAAAAUGCCUCAACGAAAUGUAGUCUCGUAUAAUACUAUAAUUAGUGCUUAUAGUAGAUCUGGGGAUGUAGAGGAAGCUUGGAAUAUGCUUUCUGAGAUGAGGGAUUGUGGAUUCAGGCCAACCCAGUUCACAUUGGGUGGGUUAUUCUCAUGUGAGGCAUUGGAUCUUUGUCGCAGUGUUCAGUUGCAGGCAUUGGUGAUAAAGAAUGGACUAUUUGUUGCCGAUGCUUUUGUAGGGACAACUUUAUUGGGUUUAUUUGGGAGGCAUGGUUGUGUGGAAGAAGCAGUUCUUGCAUUUAAAGAUAUGCCUUGGAAGAGCUUGGUGACAUGGAAUUCAAUGUUGUCUUUGUUUGGACGUCAUGGGUUUGUUGAGGAUUGCAUGUCUUUGUUCUGUGAACUCAUGAAGGUGGAGACUGCUUUGUCUGCAAGUUCUUUUGUGGGUGUUUUGUCUGUAUUUUCGUGCAAACAAGAUUUGGAAUUUGGGGAACAAAUACAUGGUUUAGUGAUUAAAAAUGGAUUUGAUUGUGAAGUUUCUGUUGUGAACUCUCUUAUCAAUAUGUAUGCGAAAUGCACUUGCAUAUGCUUGGCAGAGAAAAUCUUUGAGAUGGUGCCCAUUCAUGAUGUUGUAUCAUGGAAUACAAUCAUUGCUGCAGUGGCAAAAGAUGAGAGACCUGGAAAAGCAAUGGAGCUCUUUCUGGAAAUGUGUGUAAGUGGAGUUUCACCUAGCCAAGCCACAUUUGUAAGUGUUAUUAACUCUUGUACAAAUUUGGGGAUUUUAGUAUUUGGAGAUUUCAUCCAUGCUAAAACAAUAAAGAACGCUUUUGAAUCUGAUGUUUGUGUAGGUAGUGCAUUGGUUGACUUUUAUGCUAAAUGUGAUAAAUUGGAAGAUGCCCAUUGUUGUUUUGAUGAGAUUUAUGAGAAGAAUGUGGUCUCUUGGAAUGCGCUGAUUUUGGGUUACUCGAAUAAAUGCUCUUCCACUUCUAUAUUUUUACUGCGAGAAAUGUUGCGAUUGGGUUACCGACCUAACGAGUUCUCAUUUUCUGGUGUUCUUAGGUCAUCAUUGGCUUUUGAAUUACAGCAGCUUCAUGGCUUAACUAUAAGAAUGGGCUACCUGAAUAAUGAGUAUGUAUCAAGCUGUCUUGUUACGUCAUAUGCCAAAAGCGGUCUCAUAGUUGAUGCCGUGAUCUUUGUCACUGCUUCUAACAAUCCACUCCCUGUUGUCCCCUCUAAUAUCAUUGCAGGAAUUUAUAACAGGUCUGGCCAAUACAAUGAAACACUAAAGUUGCUUUCUCUCCUCGAAGAACCGGACAUUGUAUCUUGGAACAUUGUGCUUGCAGCUUGUGCUCGUAACAAUUAUCACAAAGAGGUUUUUGAGCUUUUCAAACAAAUGCACAUGGUUCACAUCCAUCCAGAUAAUUACACAUUUGUUAGCCUUUUGAGUGCGUGUGCUAAACUUUGCAACCUUGCUUUAGGAAGUUCUGUUCACAGUGUUAUGAUAAAGACAGAUUUCAAUUGCUGCGACACAUUUGUUUGCAAUGUUUUAAUUGAUAUGUAUGGGAAAUGUGGGUCUCUUGAAAGUUCAGUGAAAAUCUUUGAUAAAAUGACAAGUAGAAAUAUCAUCACAUGGACAGCUAUGAUAUCUGCUCUUGGACUUCACGGUUAUGCUCAUGAGGCAUUAGGAAGGUUCAGAGAAAUGGAGUUGUGGGGGUUUAAGCCUGAUAGGAUGGCUCUCAUUGCAGUUCUUACGGCAUGCAGACAUGGUGGGUUAGUGAGAGAAGGGAUGGAGUUGUUUGAGCGAAUGAGAAGAAGUUAUGGGGUUGAACCUGAAAUGGAUCAUUACCAUUGUGUGGUGGAUUUGCUCGCUAAGUAUGGACAUAGUAGGGAAGCAGAGAAAAUGAUUGCCAGCAUGCCUUUUCCACCAGAUGCCAUUAUAUGGCGUAGUUUCCUUGCAGGUUGUAUGAGACAAGGAACUGCAAAGGAUCAACCCGUGGGACAUAAAAAAUUUGGAUGAACCCAAUAGAUACAUUUCCUUGUAGAUUAAUCAAUGCCACUGCAUAUAUCGUGCAGGUCCCUUCAGUUUCCACCUCUGCUGUCUGGACUAAGGUCCUUAAUUCGCCAGUAAAACACAAUAAGGUAAGAGGCCAGCCCUCCCUCAGAUUGCAAGUCACACCAGGGUUCUAAUUGAUGUCAUGGGUAUUUUGAUGAGGCAGUCCAACAUCACAUCAGCUGUCACAUUUUAUUCCUCCCUGUGGGUUAGAUGUGUGCUUGCUGUGGAUAAUUGGAGCCAUUCUUCAUUUGAGUUUCAUCAUUCAACAAUUCUCUCAAAGGCUUGAGUAUCCUUGAUUGUUCCAGAGAAGUAAUCACACAUUUGUCUUUAAUCAAGCAUGAGAGGUGCUUAGAUGCAUUUCAAUAAUUUGUUCAAAAGAAGUUUUGAGAAAGAUAGUUUUGCUUGUGACAUAUCAUUAUUACAAAAGAAAAUUUGAGACUAUGAAAGAAGAGGCAAAACUCUAUCAGUAUCUUCCUUGAUAAGCAUUCAGACAUCUAAAUUAUCGGGCCAUGCGGUUUGUAAUGUGAGGAAGUCAACAAUGCAUUUGAUGUCUCAUUUGUUGGAGAUAGCAAAUAAUCAAUAGAUUGAAAUUUCGCCUUGAGUAUGAUUUUUCUCUGAAGAAGAUCCGUGAGAACUUAUAAUUUGUGCUUUUUAUUUCUGAACUUCUACACUUGAGGAUUUAUUACUUGUAUUUCCGUCUUGUGUGAUUUGGUUGCUCAUUCCAUUAACUACGUUUGUUUUGAA